UGACGUAUUACUGGCGGGGCAAUCUGAAGUUGUCCUAAAACCGAAGCUAAAACAAAAAGACUGAUGUACGGUGCUCUUUCCCGUGACAGGCAGUACGAUCGGACGUGCACAGGGCUGCUUAACAUUUUCGGACAUGUGGAAAGGCACAUGUGAUGAAAGCUUGGUUUCUUGCCUUUGUGAGUAGAGUUUGGGCUGUCAACAGCGCUGCAGAGGCGCGCGCUGAGUGGUUUCUCACAAUUAGCUUAAAGUUAGCUCAGCCAGCGGCGAUCAGAACGGGAGUAAAAUGAGCUCUUCGCGGGAAAUCAAACAGCUCCAGAAAGCUAAAAACAAAGCCCAGGCUAACAGGAACCUAAAAGAGGAAGCCAACAUCUGCAAUCAGCUCGGAGAGCUGCUCUCCAGGAGUGGGGAUUAUCCGGCAGCCAUCAGGGAGCACCAACAGGAGCUGUCCCUCUCCGAGGCCUUACAUGAUGUGAUAGGACGAGCUGUGGCGAACCGUAAAAUAGGAGAGUGCUAUGCAGAGAUGGGCAACAUUGAGGCUGCGUUGAGACACCAGCAAUUGCACCUGGACUUGGCCCGCUCUGUCAGAGAUCACGCUGAGGAGCAAAGGGCCCUGGCCACCAUCGGUCGAACCUACCUCUUCCGAUAUGAAUCGGACAACUCAAAGAGCAGUUUAAAGCAAGCAGAGGACGCCUUCCGGAGGAGCCUGAGCAUUGUGGAUGAGCGUCUGGAAGGUACUGUUCCUCAGCGAGAGAUCAGCGAGAUGAAGGCGCGUCUGUUCCUCAAUCUCGGUAUUGUCUGCGAUCACUUGGGGGAGCCCAAACUCUGCAGCGACUUCAUCCGGCGCAGCGUCUUUAUUGCUGAGAAGAGUCAGCUGCUGGAAGAUCUCUACCGUGCAAACUUUAACCUGGGGAACAUCUUCUUCCGCAACGGCCGACACUCGAAUGCUGUCCGCUGCCUGGAGCAAGCCAAAGAGUGUGCCAGGAAGAUGAAGGACAAGUUCUGUGAGAGCGAGUGUUUUCACUGCAUCGGCAAGGUGCAGCUGUCUCUUGGGGACUUUGUGGCAGCCAGGCGGUCUCUGAAGAAAGCUUUCCUGUUGGGUUCCCAGCAGCCGGUAGACAGACUAGCAGUAAAGAAAGCUUUCAAAUGUGCUGACCGGGGCUGUAAAUUGGAGGAAGAGUUCGGGGAAGACCAGGGCAGGAGACUGGGCUCCCAUCAGGCUGUGGAGCUGGCAGAGCAGCUGGGGGACCUCUAUUGUAAGAUCGGCUGCUACAGCAAGGCUCUGGAGGCCUAUCAGGCUCAGCUAAAGGCUGCUGAGGCCGUGGGAAAGCCUGCCAGGGAGCUGGCAGUCAUCCACGUGUCUUUGGCCGCCACCUACACGGACCUGAAGCAACACAACAAGGCAGUGGAACACUACAGAAAGGAGCUGGCGCUACGACAGGGCAGCGCCGCCGAGGAGUGCAGCACAUGGCUGAACAUCGCAGCGGCUAAGGAGGAGGACGGCUGUGCCUCUGAGGAGAUGGACAACAGCUACAGCACCGCCUUACGCUGUGCUCAGACGUGUGGACAGGCCAGGCUGCAGAAACGCGUCCUGUCGCUUUGGCUGGCGUCCCAGAGGCGCCGCGGCUCAUCGAAUCUUAAUGACACAGAGGACAAGCUGCGCGAGCUCUGUGCUUCAGAGGGCUGGCGUCCAGAUGGGAGUGAUGGAGAGGAGGAGGAAGAGGACGAGAUGGACAACAGUGAACCUCUGGAUGACAGUGAUGUCAUUCUCUCUGACUCAGAUGAUGAUUUGGAGGGAUAUGACAAAAUGGUGUCAGGAAGGAGGAAGACGGGAAGGUGGAACAAGAGGAAUGAGAAAGGGGAGACGUCUCUCCACAGAGCGUGUAUAGAUGGAAACCUGAAGCAGGUCCAGUAUCUGGUGGAGCAGGGUCACCCAGUGAACCCCAGGGACUAUUGUGGCUGGACACCCCUCCAUGAGGCCUGCAACCACGGUCACUAUGAUGUUGUAGCUGUGCUGCUGGAGCGAGGCGCCAACAUCAACGAUCCUGGCGGGCCCCUGUGUGAGGGGGUGACUCCUCUGCAUGACGCCCUCGCUUGUGGCAAUUUAGGAGUGGCGAGAUUGCUGGUGGAGCGGGGGGCUUCUGUCUCACUGCGUAACUCCAAGGGUGAAACUCCCCUGGACACCCUGCGUCAGUGGCAGAGGACAUACAGUAGAGAGUUGGACGAGGAGACCAGAAGGGAAUGUGCCCUUACAGAGAAACUGUUUAGGAAGGCUCUAGCAGGAGGAGUGCCUGCUGCUCCCGCCCCAGCCAAGCCCUUUGAUGCCCUGCAGGACAGCCAGCUGUUUGAUGCAGAGAACUCUGAGCCGCUGUCAGCCACUGGGGGGGGCUCUUCCGCCAGCCAACACCGGCCCCGAAGCAGCAGGAGCUCCGAAGCUCAGGCAGCAGCAGCCGUCAGCCCCAGACGGCAGCAGAGCGACUGCUCAUCCCGCCGGCACAGAGCCAGAGGAACAGAGGCCGCGCUCCUCUACGGGGUAAUGACGGACAAACGGGUCAAUGGCAGCUCAGAUGACAGUGACUCAGACAGUCCCGUCAGCCCCCUCCGUCCCGUUCGUGCAAGGCGCGCUUCCCCAGGAGAUCCAAGUCAAAAAGACGUCCCGCCUAACAGGGAGCCUGGCGCGGUCCCGGGCUCAGGGCGGGAAAGUAACGCAGAGGCCCCCACCCAAUCUGUGUUUGGGAGACAGGAGUACCACAGUGCCAUUCGGGGUUUAGGCAGUGCCAAAACUCUUCUCCAGCAGCAGUUCUGCAGCACACCUGCUGUUUCGUCCAGCAACAGAUCUGCUUUAGUUCCUGAGGACGAAUAUACGGCCGAUGACUGGCUGGAGGACGAUUUGGGGGAAAUGCAGCCAAAGAAGAGAAGGAGGCUUCGAAUGGAGCAAGAUGGGCCGACAGGCCAGGAAACCGCUUCGUCGUUGACUGCCAGAAGUCAAAACAGGCAGUUGACCCCCCACACAUCCAGCAGAGCCAACUCGUCCUGCAAUCGGGGUGACUCUAGGAGAUGGAACGGCUCGCAGAAGCCUCAUCAGGUUAAAAUGACUCAGAUGCCAGGGAUGCUGAAGUUGGGGAGACGGGAGGUCAGCAGGUCACACAGCCCGACUGUUACAGAUGAUGACGCCAGGCCCGACACGCCCUCACCUCCACCACACAGACACGUUCAGCCUCCAACACAAGCUUUGGUAGCACCAAUGCCUGCAUCCAUGCCUCCACCAAUCAGAAUGAGGGUCAGGAUUCAGGAAGAUGUGUUCCUCAUCCCCGUUCCACAAAGUGAUGCAGACUCCUGCACCGUGUCGUGGUUAUGUGAGCAGGCGGCUCAGCGCUACUACCAGAAGUGUGGCCUCCUGCCCCGUCUGUCGCUGCAGAAGGAAGGCGCUCUGCUUUCACCACAAGAUUUGCUGCUGACAGUGCUGCACACCAAUGAAGAAGUUUUAGCUGAAGUUUGCUCCUGGGACCUCCCACCUCUUCCCGAGCGCUUCAAGAAAGCUUGUCAGAGCCUGGCAGUUGACGAGAACAAACACGUCACCCGCCUGUGUGAGGUUCAGGACGGGAGCUCCUCUGUGUCCGUGUGUGGCCUCAGUCUGCCCCCCUCCUUCCUCACCCCGCUGCUGCGUGCCCUUAAACUUCAGUCCAGCCUCACAGAGCUGCGCCUCUCCGGCAACCGCCUCUCCGACAGCCUCCUCCCCGAACUGAUCGCCACAACCACCACCAUGCCCCGCCUUCGGCUUCUGGACAUCUCUGCCAAUUCCAUUUCUGGCGAAGGACUGGAGAUGGCAGCGAACGCCCUGAAGGGACACAGCCACCCCGCAUUCCCGUGCCUGGAGGAGCUUAAUCUCAGUAUGAACCCUCUUGGCGAUAGGGUGUCUGAAUCUCUGUCCAGCCUUCUGUCCUGCUGCCCCCUGCUUGCCAGGCUGUCCCUACAGGCCUGUGAGCUCACCUCCCGGUUCCUUCAGCAGCAUCGGUUGCUGCUUGCCAGUGCUCUGACAGCAAUAUUCAAAAAUCUAUUCAUAAAGAGUAAAUGUAUAAUUACUGUCUUUGAUCCCUUGGGCACAGGACAUUUGAAAUCAGUGUCCCUCUCCCACAAUGCACUGGGAUCCACUGGCUUCGAGCUGGUCGUGAAGACUCUGCCCGUCAACUCCCUCACUCACCUGGACCUGUCCGCGGUCUGCAGGGGUCCAGCUGAUUGCCCACCACUGGAACACCUCACCAAAGUCCUGUCACAGGAGUGCCCUCUGACCCACCUGAGUCUGGCAGCAAAUGGCCUGACAGACAGCAGUGUAGCUGCUCUGGCCAGGUGCCUGCCAUCAUGCCCAGCCCUGGUGAGUCUGAACCUGUCAGGAAACCCUUCAGUGACCUCGGCGGGCCUUCACAGCAUCCUGAUGUGCAUCAGACAGGCCGCUCGACCGUUGGCACAUCUGAAUCUUCAAGGUUGUCAGGUGUCGGGCCCCUGGAACGUUGAGGGACUUGACAAUUUGUCCGAACUGGUCCGUGACCUUCGUCUCUGCUCUCAGAGCCUGAACAAGCUGGACCGGCAGACUUUAAAGCAGAGCUGGGACACGGCUGGACCACACGGACAUUGUGUGGACCGCAGUGCCAAGUACCUGCUAACUGCUGCUGCCCCUUCAUGAGGAAGCACUCUUUGCCGAAGGUGGAAGAACUUACUUUCUCUCUUUAUCACUGUAAUCAAGGAGAGAUUUCUUCUUAGGUUUUGCUCAGUCAAAGCUGAAGAAAAAGGGGUCGCCUCUGAACCAGCAGUGAUAUGGCUGUCAAAGAUGCUGUGCAAGUAGCUUUAAUGCUUCAUUACAUUUUCCUUAUUUAUGUUUACCUCUGCGUAAGUACUUAUGUUUUGUCUUCAGCCGACUCAGUAAUCAUGUGAUUUUAAUAAAAAAAAGAAUGAUUAAAGGGACUUAGUAUCCCCAUUUCUUUAUUCCUAUGAUUCUUGGGCCACUUUAAGACAGAUUCUCUUUUAAAUCUGCUGUGAUCUUAAAACACUUCACAGCAUAUUGGACUGCACAAUGCGUUGAGCCUUCAAAGGUUUAAACCCUUCUCAGAAAAAAAAUCAGGACAGGGUAGCUCUGCAAGAAUAUUGGCGAGAGAGGAUUUGAAGACUGAUUAUAGAGCCCGUAGUGUGAAGA